UUUCCUAUUUUUCAUUCAUUUGAUUUUUUUUUUUUUACCCGAGAAAAGCUCUUUGCUGGGAAACAGAAAGAAGGAAGGGGAAAAAAAAACUUGUCAGUGGAUGAUGACAUUUGAUCUCGCCCGGGUUGAAAGCCGUAGUUGAUCCUAUUGUUACUUAAACUGACAUCAGAGCCGUUUUCAUGCGAAGCCGAUUUCUUAUUUCAGAGGGGACAUCGGCAACCCUCAAGUGAGUUCCGCUUCGAGUCGCAUCUCAACAUUAGUUCAUUUUUUAUUUUGUUUUGUUGUUGUUAUUGUUGUUUCUAUUUGCGGCGCUCCUGAGUUCCGUGCCGAAACCUGGAUUCUGACAGCGGGCGCCUCUUCUCGCACUUUUCCCGUUUCGUGUCGGUGUUUAUGAAAGAAGAACCGGUGGGAAAAGAGAAGGCACCUGCACACGAGACACUAGCCACGCGCUGCAAAGCAUUUGCCGGCGAACCCGAAGACACGGGGAGGGGGAUCGCGUAAGAAAACCGCUGCGUGCGAGACACAAAAAGGCUGUUUUCAUGUUUGGGAUUCAGGAGAGUAUUCAAAGGAGUGGGAGCGGUAUGAAAGAGGAGCCUAUCGGGUCCGGGAUGAACACGGUGCGGACAUGGAUGCAGGGCGCCGGGGUGCUGGAUGCAAACACGGCCGCUCAGAGCGGAGUGGGUCUUGCUCGGGCACACUUCGAGAAGCAGCCGCCGUCAAACCUUCGGAAGUCCAACUUCUUCCACUUCGUGCUGGCUCUGUACGACAGACAAGGUCAGCCGGUGGAGAUCGAGAGGACCUCUUUUGUUGGCUUUGUCGAAAAGGAAAAGGAAUCGAAUGGCGAAAAAACCAACAAUGGAAUACAUUACAGACUACAGCUUCUGUACAGCAACGGAAUCAGAACAGAACAAGACUUUUACGUGCGGCUGAUCGACUCCAUGACUAAGCAGGCGAUUAUUUAUGAAGGCCAGGACAAGAACCCAGAGAUGUGUCGUGUGUUACUGACACACGAGAUCAUGUGCAGUCGCUGCUGUGAUAAGAAGAGUUGUGGUAAUCGUAACGAGACUCCGUCCGACCCGGUCAUCAUCGACAGGUAA